GAAGCGACGCCGAGAGCGCUUCUUCCCUUCCUAGAAGUUGAGGGAAUUCGGGGACACCUUUCCGUUCCGACCUUCCGCCUGCUCCCCGAGAACCCGCCGACGGGGGGCCUGAAGUGGGGGGCCCUUCGUCCCCACAUCCCCCUCGCGUGGUGUCCGAGGAGGCCGAGGUCGCGAGCCCUUCGCGCGGGGCCCCGGCUGCCCGCCAUGCCCGCCGGCGUGUCGUGGCCCAGCUACCUGAAGAUGUUCGCGGCCAGCCUGCUGGCCAUGUGCGCGGGGGCCGAGGUGGUGCACCGGUACUACCGGCCGGACCUGACGAUCCCUGACGUUCCGCCGGAGCGUGGAGAGCUCAGAACCGAGCUCCUGGGCCUGAAGGAGAGGCAGCAGAGACGCCAGCCGUGUCAGCAGUAGAAGCUGCCUGUGCCAAGGGCGCUGGGAGGAACGCUCUCUCCUAGAUCCAUGGAUUUUGGUUAAUUUAUUGAGUCAAACUGCUCGGACUUCUUGUUUUUGAGUCCCGAAACCAUGCUGACCGCAAGAGAAGGUGCUUCGCAGAUACAAACUGAUACAUUGAACUUUAAUUGUAAUUCAGGCAGUCAUUCUUGGGAACUGCUUGGUGCUUCCUGUCAGGCUCUUGAGUGUGGUCUGGAAGAUACUUCCUUGAGGAAGCUUGACUACACUGUAUAAUAAAAGUAAUAGU